GAAUUCUACAGUGAGAUCCAUCAGUACUAGCCGAGAAUCGUAACAGUUUCCAGGCAAACGUUAGGCGCCUUUUCUUCUCGACGUGGUUCUUGUUCUUUCGUGUGCAGUGUGAAAAUGUGUUAGUGCUCGUGAAAAGGGAUAUCAUCGAAAGCAUUGGCGAUGUGCCAGAACCGCUUAAUCGAGGAGGGAGAGCAACAAUCGAGAAGGGUCAUACUCUCUGCGUAAUCGAAUCCAGAUUCCACAUAAUUUGGUUGUAGCAAGAAUGUUCUUUUUUCUGGCGCACGAAAUUCUACAUGGCUGAGUUUUCGAUAAUCACGAAGUGACCUAUCACCAGAAUGGGCACAACAAAUGCAUUAACAGGCGAAGAACAACAAGAGAAUGCCAAUCCAGGUGGGAGUUCGAUUGAGGCCUUCUUCGCAGAGUCGGUCAUCCUCAUCACCGGGGCUACUGGUUUUUUAGGAAAAGCACUUCUAGAAAAACUCCUGAGAUCAUGUCCACGCCUUGCCACCAUUUUUAUACUGAUCCGUCCAAAAAAAGGGCAGACAGUCGAGCAAAGAUUUAUGGAACUCACCGACAACCCGGUAUUCGACAGAAUUCGUUGGGAGUUUCCUGGUGCCCUAAGCAAAGUAUUUCCAGUAAAAGGGGAUAUGAGUUUGCCCGAAUUAGGUCUGAGCCCAGAAGACAAAGCAAUGCUAAUGCAACGAGUGAAUAUAGUUUUCCAUAGUGCAGCAACAGUUCGAUUCGAUGAACCCUUGAAAGUGGCAGUCAACUUAAACACGAAAGGCACUGACAGAAUGAUAGAGCUCUGUAAAAGUAUGUCCAAUCUCAUCAGCAUUGUUCACGUCAGCACUGCUUAUAGUAAUGCUGAUCAAUAUGAGAUAAAGGAAGAAAUUUACAGCACAACAGUCAAACCACACACUGUAAUCGACAUGUGUGAAAAUCUCGAUGACGAAACGAUUCGAAUUUUGGAGAAAAAAUUGAUGGGAAAACAUCCUAAUACUUAUACUUUGACAAAAGGACUAGCCGAAAACUUAAUAAUGACGAAAGGAACUGGCCUACCUAUUACUGUCGUAAGACCCAGCAUUGUCUGUGCUGCAUAUCAAGAACCAUUUCCUGGUUGGGUAGAUAAUGUUUGUGGAAUUACCGGAAUCAUGAUGGAAAUAGGAAGAGGCACAAUCAGGAGUAUAGUCUGUAAUGCAAGUUUGAUCGUCGAUGUAGUGCCUGUCGAUUACGUAGUUAAUACCCUCAUUUGUGCUGCAUGGCACAAUUCAAUAGAACGUACAAAUAAUGUUAGAAUUUACAACUGCACAAGUGGAACGUUCAACCCUGUUAGAUGGGGAGAGUUUGGUCGGCUUACUCGAAAACACGCAAUUGAAUCUCCGUCUAAGUAUGUCAUGUGGUAUCCUGGAUUCACUUUCAGAACAAACAAGCUCAUCCACAUGAUCGUGGUUGCCACGCUACACUUCUUGCCUGCAUUUGUAAUUGACCUGGUUUUAAAAUUCCAAGGCGGAAAACCAAUGAUGCUGAAAAUUACAAAACGGUUUCAACGUGCAGCUCUCACAGGCGAGUUUUUUGCAGUAAAUGAGUGGCAUUUUCAUGGAAGUAACAUGAGUGAAUUAGCGAAAAUAGUCAGAGAAUCCAAUGACACUGAAUGUUUUAAUGUUGACAUCAAAAGCCUUGACUGGGAUACUUACGUACAUCGGUACAUGCUAGGAAUCAGAAAAUACAUUUUAAAAGACACUCCAGACACAUUAAGUAAAGCUAGAAGUCGACUUUUAAAACUUUACUGGAUGCAUAAAUUCGCCCAAGUACUUAGUGUAUUCAUGAUAGUGAAAAUGAUAUCUCGAGCUGGUCGGUGAUCGUUGUGAAAAAAGCUUAAGUCUGCAUGCAACGAAUAUGAAUUUUUUGCAAGGCCCAUCUGUUGCAAAAGAACAUUUGGCGAAAGAGACGUACAUUACGUAUUAUUUCUUCACUUUAAAAUCCAUUCUAAUAUCCGAAUUAUGUCGCCGAUACUUAUCUUACACACAUAAGUAAGAAUUAAUGUCUGAAAAAUAUGGUUUUGAGACUUUAAUAAUUUUAAGAUGUUUACACAUAAUGCAGAGUUUAAACAUUUUGUAUAAUUUUCAAGUGAUCUCGGUCACUUGCAAUAUUUACACACGAUCAGAAGAUGUGGACCAAAAUGUAUUAUCUUCUCAUUAUUUAUUCAUAAAAAAGUGAGAAAUUUAAAUUAUUAUAAUUAAUGAGUUCAAAUACAGAAAAUAUAUCGAAUAUUUAUGUAUAAUGUCACAAUACGAUAUAAAAGCCAAUAUCAAUGGGCCAUCAUAUUGAAAAAGCAAUGUAUCAAAAUAAUGGAAUUGAUAUCUGUAAAACAUUUCUGCUAGCCUUCGAAUUUUUUUAACAUACUACGGAAUAAAAUCUGAAGUGAAAACAAUAACACAGAAUAAUCGUAAUGAGAAAUGUUUUCCUAAAAUAAUUAAAAUUUUGAAUUUACUUGGAAAAACAUGUUGAGCAGGUAGAAUUCGUAAAAAAAACAUAUCGUGGUGAAUAUUUUAGAAGAGAAAAAAUGAUUAUUUAAGGCAGAGAAUUAUCAAAGAAAUGCCUGAUAUAAAUCUAGAUAAAUGUUAGCAAUAUAUGUAUAUGACAAUUACGGGUUGAAAAUGAUUAUAAUAAAGCAAAGAUAAAAUUUUGCUUUAUUGAAGCACAUUCACACUAUUUUCAGUUCGCUUUUAAAUGAAGGGUGCUAUAUACAAACAAAAAAAGAAGAAUUUAAGUGUACGCUACAGAAAAAUAUCACACCAAUGAAACUUUUAAUGAAAAAUAUAUUUUUUUAAUUAGUCGAAUUAUCAUUAAAUAUUAGUUUUCAAUUCAUAAAAACUCGACUAAAUAAAAUAAAUAUUUUUCAAUAGCAAAAGCUUCAUCAACAUCACUGUAGCAUGGUGCUUACAAAAUAUAAUAAAAGAACAAUAUCUUAACAGACCAAUAUUAAAAGUGUACAAAAAUAAUAAUCCAGAACAAUAAUUCCGUCAAGAAGUUUCGUUGCAAAGACUGAUUAUAAACUCUGCUUACAAACUCAGUUGGACAAUGAUUCUGCCUUCUUACACAAAUUUUUACUGAAGUUAUCCCAAAUAUAGAGAAUAAAAUGAUUCUAUAAGAUCCUAUUAAAAAAAUCAAAGAAACGGCCUGAGAGAUAAAUAUUUAUAAAUGCAUGAAAAAAAUAUUUGUUGAGAAUCGUUAUUAUUGAGAAGCAGUUAGAAUACGAAAUGCCAACAUUGGCAUAAAAAGGCAUCUUAGAAAUGUUAAAUUUUACUCCUGAUGACAGAAAGGCUACUGAAAUACGAAUUACAUGUGCGUAAUUAAAAUAUGAUAAAGUACAGAUAAAUACAAUAAGAUGAAUGCUAUGUAUAAUUUAUAAGUGGAAGACAAAUAUGUAAUUCUUUUUUAUUAGACGCUAUAUUGUGCAUAUUGUAUACACUUUGAAAUUAUACGUAUUUAAAAUGUAUAUCAAGAUGCUUUUAUUAAAAGAAUAUUGUUUUUAAUAAUUCAGUGCACUUUUCGAACGACUUGAUUAUUUUGUAAUUUAAGUGAUUUUUCAGCGAAUAAUAUGAUUUAAAAUGAUGUUAACACUAAAAGGGUACAUUUUCCAAUACACAUUCAGAUAUUUUUGGCUGAAAAAAAUAAUGAGUGGUGUUGAAAAAAUACAGAAUAAUAAAAAAAUAUCUCCAAAGAGUCAGUGAUAAUUUAAAUAUACGAAAAAAACCUGAAAAUAGACGUAGACAAUCGGAGAAAAAUCGGAAAGCUCGUUGUGUGCCAGGCACCCAGUAUGCCCUCUUAUUAUUUUUUAUAUUGAAUAAGAAUUGUCAUUUACUGCGUUCUCUAUAUCUACAUUUGAUAGUAAUAAUUUAUUCUAAAAUUAAGGCAAAUUUAAAACCACUUUUCAGAAUAUAGCACAGUCAAACUCGGAUAUAACGCCCCCCCCCCCCCACAGAUAUAUCCUUUCCGAGAAUUAACGCCGCGCCACAGGUAUGAGUAAAAGAGGCUGCGGGGAGUGUACGGUGGUCACACACACGUGAAUAAACAAAAAUGUUUUCAUGCAAAAUGACACUCUAUCUGGUUUCUUCUCCACCUCCUCCAGCCCCACAACCGGCGUUGUUUCCGAGUUUGACUGUAUAUUCACAUAUAUACUAUUAUUAUACUAUUUUAUUAUUUUUACUAUAUUACUGAUAUAUACUAUUAAUCUAUUAAUAUAUACCAUUCAAAUAUAUAUUGAAGGAUUUUGAAUUGAGAAGGUUGCAAAUCAAAGAAUUUAGAUGCAGUGAAAUUUUGGAAAAAGGACAAUAUUUCGAAUGGCAUAAAAAUGAACUGAACUUGUAUGAUUUCUAAAUAAAAGCGUUCAAACUGAA